AUGGUCGGCAUCAGACGGGAGAACUCCCGGCCUGGAGAUCCAAACUUUAUCAAAAAUACAAAAGAACUCCCCAGCAUCGAAGCAUGGUUUGCGCAAAAGGAGAAGUUCCGCGCUGUCGGCCAUGGAUUUCCGAUGGGGAUGCCCCAGAUGCAGGAUUGCAGCCCUGAGCUGGAGCGGCUGUUUCAGGAGACACUAAAGCCGAAGAUCACUAGCAUACUGGGUAAAUUCAGUAUUAACUACUCAUCUAUUCGUCUGGAUGACUGGCGCUCAAAGGGGACCGGCGAAGUGCAGCACACGAUCCUAGUAUCUUCGAAUGAUACCAACACAACCAAGUGGAAAACAGCAGCAGAGGAAAUACUUAGGGUAUUUCGCCAUGAGCUGCCUCUCGACUUCACCGGAGACGCCCAAGUGGAAGUGCAGAACAAGCAGCUCAUGAACACCGACGUCUCUCGUGCUGUGCCUAAUGAACCUGCCCUUAUUAAGUGUCUUGAAGGUACCAAGGAGGGAAUCACAGAGACAGUCAUGGAGAGCUUGAAUGGCUGCUGGUCGUCGAUAGGAUAUCAUACGCGAGUUCCCCUUGGGUCUUCUCCCGAUAUACGAGGACGUGUUACUGUAAUGGUAUAUUGCCGCUUUGGAAGCCGUGGUGAUUUCAAAACGGCAGAGGACCGCAUCCUGAAAGUCCUAGACAAAUCCCCCAUGGAUAUACACGUGGAAAUCGCCCCGGGAGAAGUGUUCCUUGCUCGAAAUGGCGAGGGACCCAGGUUUCUUGCCGAUAUACCUGCCUCCCCUAUCAACGGUGCGUCUAUCAGUGUUCGUGGUAACAACACAGAGCCCGGCUCACUCGGUGGAUGGGUAUGGCUCCACAUACCCCGUAGAGAUAUGCGUGUACGCUGCGUCUUGACCUGCUACCACGUCGUCAGAUCUCCAAAUGAAACCAUUGCGGCUCACACAGACGUUCACGGUGUUGUCCCUGACGAUCGCCGGGGUCACAUUGUGGCUGAAUACCCUGCAGCAUGCGACGGACAACACACAUUAGAUAUCCUCACCAGCCUCCCGAAGAAUAAAGCUAACUCACUUGAAGUGCGCUCUCAAUAUAGAGACCUUUACAAUCGAAUGGUCAACCCAGCCAUAGGGAAAGUCACCCUUGCGUCUGGAAAUCGGAUAAGCGACAACUCCAGAAUGGACUGGGCUCUGAUUACUUCCCCUUCCACGUUCAGACCGAACAAGCUUCCACCCAGCCCCAGCAAACAGGACACUUUCAGUCUUUCUCUCUGUGGGGCGUUCGCAAUGAACCCCGACAGCUGGGUGAUGAGCUUUGGGGACGUAGAGCUUGGAGACUGGGUAUCUAAAUACGGACGUACGUCGGGCACCACCUACGGCAAAAUCAACCACCUGCGCCGCGAGGUGAGGUGGCCCUCUGGUGAGCGGACAUAUGAGAUGGAAGUUAUUUCGCCUAACGGUGAAUUUUCACGGCCGGGGGAUUCGGGUUCGAUGGUGGUUAAUUCUAGGGGUGAAUUUGUUGGCCUGGUUCUGGCCACGGAUAGCUCAACGCCGUUUGGAGUCACUUAUAUCACUCCCAUCAGCCAUAUACUCAGGGACAUCAAUAGAAUGACUGGCGGCGGUUUUCUGACCUUGAGACCCGAUGACUAUGGUUGGUUUACUAGUGUAUAA